AUGUCGACAGCAGUGGAAGCGGUCGGGUUCAUCAUGUGCAUAAUCAGCUGGCUGGUUAACGGUGCGGCGCUGGUUAACGACUACUGGAAGGUUUCCACCGUGUCCGGCAGCGUGAUCAUCUCUCAGAGGCAGUUUGAAAACUUGUGGCACGCCUGUGCUGAGAACAGCGCGGGAAUCGCCGAAUGCCGGGACUUUGAAUCGAUGCUGGCCCUCCCCGUCCAUGUACAGGCCUGUCGUGCCCUGAUGAUCAUCUGUCUGCUGUUCGGCCUCGGCUCCAUGAUUGUCGCUCUGCUUGGACUCAAGUGCAUCAAGAUCGGCUCAAAGACUGAACAAUCCAAGGCCAAGAUCGCCACCAUUGGAGGAAUCCUGAGCAUCCUGGCCGGUCUUUGCUGCCUGGUAGCUGCUUCCUGGUACGCAGCCAGAGUGGUGAAUGACUUCAACGAUCCGUUCUACGGUGGAAUGAAGUUCGAGCUCGGCACCGGCCUCUACAUGGGAUGGGCUGGAGCCUGUCUGGCCAUGCUGGGCGGAGCUUUUCUCUGCUCGGCGUGUAAGAGAGCGUCGGUGAAGAAAAGCGGUUAUUAUGGAAAUGCACCACAGAAGGUGUACACGCCCACAGCCAAAUCAGAACCAGACGCCAAAGCUUACGUCUAA